UGAAAGAAUCCCAGACCCACCCAAGAUUUUCAGAGAUGGCUUCCAGUGCCGGACCUCAUCGUUGAUCUCCAAGGUUCAGGAGCGUCAGGAGCACCAUCGCCCGCCUCUUUCGCAACGGAUCCAACCUUUGCUGGUAGUGACCGCAGCAUACUAAAUUUUUCACUAAGUUUGUCCUCACACUUACUACAUCUCUCUUGAGGGCUGACUGCAAUUAGGCCUGCGUUCCUACAUGUCUUUGAGGUACUUUGCCGCAUCUUCAGAUGUUAAGGUGGGCAAGUCGUGCGUGUGAACGUUGAGUAGAGGCGCACCCGUAGUUGACGGCAAAGCGAGCAAGAGUCACUGCUGGAGUUGAUGGUGACUUGAGCUGAUCCGUCGCAACCUGGAGAUGGUGUGCUUAGGACAAUUCGGCACGCCUCCUUUUAGCGGGACAGUGUGAACUCAUUUUCCUUUCAAGAACACGUAUUUUGUUUGGAAACUUCUUUCUCUGUGACGCUCUCUGUAAUCCAUUCCAAAUUUUCCAUUCAUCCAAUUUGCCUGUUCCUAAAUCUUCAGGUGUUUGUCCAAUUCUUCCUUCACUAUAUAUAGUUGGUUUCGGUUUCUUGAGCAGAAUAGACUCCACCGUUCUUGCAAUGGCGCAUUUGAUGUUGCUGGUUCUGGUGCUUAGUGCACUGCAGUGGCCCCGAUCCUGCAAACCUGAGCACGUUUGUUCAAAAGCAUCUGGAGAUAAGUCAUUGCUGCUCUGUUUCAAGGAUACACUGGAUGAGCAAACACGAGCUACACUAUCGAGCUGGAAUGAUUCAGGGCAUCCAAGUUCCUGGAGAGGAAUUGUCUGGAACAAGCGGAGCGAUCUUGUGCUCAAGUUGAACCUGACGGGUGCCGGUCUGAGCGGAAAGUUGUGGCCUGUUUGGUGUAGACUCCCUUUGCUUCAGUUUGCAGAUUUCUCCAACAACAAUCUCAGUGGACACCUCACCUUUGAUGGCUGUCAGUACAAUGCCUCCUCCCGUCUUCAGGUGCUCAAUCUGCGCAAUAAUUCUUUGUCUGGCAGCAUACCCCAAAGCAUUUCGACCAUCCGGGCGCUCAAGUACCUUAAUCUGGGGCAAAACGAUCUGACAGGCUCCAUUCCUCAAGGCCUUUGGAAUCUCGUGCAACUCCGGGAACUUGAUCUGGGAGGCAACGCUUUGAGUGGCUCUAUACCGCCUGAGCUUGGCUAUCUCACAAAUCUUCAGCAUUUGAUUCUCGCAUCUAAUCAGCUCAGCGGUUCUAUCCCACCCGAGAUUUCCAACUGCACCCUCUUGCGCAAGAUGGCUCUUAUGAGGAACGUCCUCAGUGGUGAAAUAUCCAGCAGCAUAGGCAACCUGUCCAACCUCAGGAUUCUUGCCCUCACUGCAAACAAUCUCACAGGUAAUCUGCCUCCAAGCUUCAGUGGACUCACGUCACUGAAGAUGCUGGAUGUUGGCUACAACUCGCUUAGCGGUCCAUUUCCAGACGCAGUGAAGAACAUGGCCUCGCUCAGGUAUCUCUCAGUGUCAACAAAUCGGAUGGAAGGUCCCAUACCUCCCUGGCUUGGAAACUUCACGAAUCUCAGGCACCUUAUUCUGUACCGAAACAGAUUCACUGGAAGCAUUCCUCCACAGCUGGGAAGUCUCAAUUAUCUGAAGUUUCCCAUGAAACCUCAAUUUGAUCCCGACCUUAGCGGUGUGCAACUUCAAAACAAUCUAUCUCCUUCAGGUGGUGAUGCAGCGAAGAUACUUUCCUACUCUUAUGAUUUCUUCCCCACGGUGCUGGACCUGUGCGAGAACAAGCUAAGCGGAUCCAUACCACCCGAGCUUGGACAGCUGCAAAACCUUCAACACCUUUGGCUGUGUGACAACAUGCUGUCCGGCCCCAUUCCGUCCACUUUAGCGGAUGCAACUCGCCUCAUACUCCUCCAGCUCUACGAUAAUCAGCUCAGCGGUCAGAUUCCUCCCCAGCUCACUAGUUUGACAUCCCUGUCAUACUUCAAUGUCUCCAACAACAACCUUUCUGGACCGAUCCCGACAUCAGCACAAUUCAGCACAUUCAAUGACAUUUCAGCCUUUGCUGGAAACCCAGGAUUGUGUGGCAGUCUUCUGAACAAGGCAUGCACGGUUGAACCUGAAGAUUCAUCGUCACUGUCCAAGGAACAUGAGAAUGGCAAUUUUGUUGAUGGUAAAGCAUUUGCGGUCGGUGUAGCUGUUGGAUUAUGUGGCGGCUUCUGGGCUGUUAUGUCUCUUGUGUCAGAGUCGUCCGUGAUUUGGCUAACCAAGCGGAUCAGGUAUUAUCUGCAAACUGUUGGGUUGCUAAAGCAAAAAGAGGUUAUAUGACAUAUGAUUGUCAGUCUUAUGCUCCUUGUGGGGUAUUAUGGCAUUGUAAAACUUUGUAAAUAAUAUAUGAAUAAAUGAAUAUAUAUAUU